AUGUCUUCACUUCCCGUUUCUCUCUUCCCCCGUGUCUACCUCCCAACGGGCGUCAGGUUAUCCACUUUUGAGACGUCUCAAAACUCCCACCUCUCCCUGUAUAUCCCUUCCCUCCCUCCCAUCCCUGUCUCCUCAUUUUCUCAUUCACUUUUCAUGAACCACCUCCCUUCCCCCUCCCUCUCCGCCCCUCCAACUGGCCGUGUAUCCAACCGCGACUACCUGCUCUUCCUCAACCUGGCAGCGGGGCGCACCAUGUGUGACUUGGCGCAGUGGCCUGUCAUGCCCUGGGUGCUCGCGGACUACUCCAGCCACUGUCUCGAUUUGAAUGACCCAGCAACCUUCAGAGACCUCUCCAAGUGGCCCAUCAUGGUGCGCGCGGAUUACACCACCCAUUACCUUGAUUUCCACGACCCCGCCACUUUCAGAGACCUCUCCAAGAGACCUCUCCAAGGUGAGUGCCCUGCCUGCCUGCCCUCCCCACCUCUCUCCUUCAUCCCCUCCCCACCUCUCUCCUUCAUCCCCUCACCACCUCUCUCCUUCAUCCCCUCACCGCCUCUCUCCUUCAUCCCCUCACCACCUCUCUCCUUCAUCCCCUCACCACCUCUCUCCAUCCCCUCACCACCUCUCUCCUUCAUCCUGACACCACCUCUCUCCUUCAUCCCCUCACCACCUCUCUCCUUCAUCCACUCACCACCUCUCUCCUUCAUCCCCUCACCACCUCUCUCCUUCAUCCCCUCACCACCUCUCUCCUUUAUCCCCUCACCACCUCUCUCCUUCAUCCCCUCACCACCUCUCUCCUUCAUCCCUUCUCACCUAUCUCGUUUACCCAUUCUCACCUCUCUCUCUCCACCCAUUCUCACCUAUCUCCUUCACCCAUUCUCAUCUCUCUCCUUCUCCCCUUCUCAUCUCUCUCCUUCACCCAUUCUUACCUCUCUCCCUCAUCCCGUCCCCACCUGUCUCUCCAUUUACCCUUUCUCCUCUAUCUCUCCCUCCCCACCUCCGCAGCCAGUGGGAGCACUCAAUCCGGCACGCCUUGCGGAGUUCAGAGAGCGGUACGAUGAGAUGCCUCGGGACAAGAGUGGAUCAGAGCGCACCAAGCCUUUCCUCUACAGCACACACUACUCCACCCCUGGGGCCGGGUUUACCGUCACUGCUCUUUCGCUCACUCCUCUUUCGCUCACUGCUCUUUCGCUCCCUGCUCUUUCGCUCACUUCUCUUUUGCUCACUGCUCUUUCGCUCACUUAUCUUUCGCUCACUGCUCUUUCGCUCACUGCUCUUUUGCUCACCGCUCUUUUGCUCACUGCUCUUUCACUCCCUGCUCUUUCGCUCACUGCUCUUUCGCUUACUGCUCUUUUGCUCACCACUCUUUCGCUCACUUCUCUUUCGCUCACUGCUCUUUCGCUCACUGCUCUUUCGCUCCCUGCUCUUUCGCUCACCGCUCUUUCGCUCCCUGCUCUUUCGCUCCCUGCUAUUUCGCUCCCUGCUCUUUCGCUACCUGCUCUUCCGCUCCCUGCUCUUUCGCUCCCUGCUCUUUCGCUCCCUGCUCUUUUGCUCCGGCUAUGUGCUCUACUGGCUCGUGCGCUCUGCACCGGCACACAUGCUGCGGCUACAGCAACACCCCCACCUUCCCACACUCCCCCUGUUCCCUCCCUUUCCAACGGUCGCUUUGACUCGCCAGACAGGCUGUUCUCGGGGCUGCAGGAGUCGUGGGAGAGUGUGCUGUCCAACGCCACCGACGUCAAGGAGCUCAUCCCCCACUUCUUCUCGCUCCCAGCGCACUUCCUCCGCCUCCCGCAGCAGGCAGAGGAGGUGGACAAUCUGUUCCAUCCGCUCACCUAUGAGGGUGCAAUGGAGCUUGACUCGCUCAGCACUUUGCAGCAGGCAGAGGAGGCGGACAACCUCUUUCACCCGCUCACCUAUGAGGGCGCAGCAGCAGAGGAGGCAGACAAUCUCUUUCAUCCGCUCACCUACGAGGGCGCAGUGGACCUCGACUCGCUCAGCAGCUUCGUGGAAAAGAGAGGCUUUGAGACCCAGAUCAACGAGUUUGGCCAAACGCCUCGGCAGCUCUUCAUCCAUCCCCACCCGCAGCGCUCCCCACGUGCCACAUCCAGCCUUGACUCGCUGCCCUCCUAUCAACGAGUCAGCACCACGUCAGACAGCACAGCUGACGAGGCUGAUUGUGGAAGCAGCGAGACAGAUGGCACAGGUGGCAUGAUGAGGAGUGGCGGAAUGACAGCAGCAGAAGACGAGAGUGGGAGGCUGAAGGCACUGCUGCAGGGGACGGUGGGGCUGGGCAGUUUCAACGCCAGGCGAGUAGCACAGGGUAAUGCAGCAGAUAUUGUCAUAGGGCCGAGAUCCACACCGGGGUUUGCAAGAGAAGCAGCGAUGAGGGAGAGCGAGGAAAUGGUGGCUCUAAGGGAGUGGCUGGGGGAGGUUGGUGUGGGGCGAGGACGGGAAGAGCCGCCUGUCUGCUCGCCUCCCUUCUCCCCUACUGCGCCCUUCCCUGCCUUUCAUCCCUCACCUGUGGACCCGUGCUCUGGUGGUAUUAGCACGGGUGAGAGUGAAGGGAGUGUCACGGGGGGUGGCAGCAGAAGCAGCAUGGAAAGCAGCGGAGUGAGCAGUGCAGUGAGCAGCAACAAGAAUGGCAAGGCGAGCAGAAGAGAAGGUGGCAUAGGUAGCAUUGAGACGAGCAGCAGCAACAGCGGUAGUGGGAGUGGGAGGAGGAGGGCGAGAGUGCGGAGGGUGAAGGCACAUCGCGGAGCGGUGGUGGCAGUGGCACUGGCAGAACAUGCAGAGUCACACGACUUGCUUCUCACCACUGCGGGCGCCGAUGGCAUGGUGAAGGUGAGGGAGGCUCUUAGUGUGUAA